CGAAAGCUCCGAAUAAUUUGCGCCUAAUGUCCUUACAAAGUAUCGAGGGCGGAAUAUGCCUCCUCGAAUAAGCCUGCAGCCCAUUGGGCGUCGCAGCUCAAUUUAUUUGAAAAGUCAAGCGACCGAGAGGAACUCAGUCUGUUUCUUUUGUUCGCUGUCUGGUCGAUCCAGCGCAGAACCGAGUCGUCGCCCGAGACCGAGACGAAAGUCGCAAAACCCUCGCCGAUUUGCUUCCACCACCACGAAUAAUACGACUAGCACAACUAGCACGGACCACAAUGUGCUCGAACCUCGGAGGGAAUUGGAAGAAACCCUUCUCGAACUCGAGAAACAUGCACCUAAUUAUAUAAACCUCUCCCGCCUACAAUUAGCCCUCAAUGGCUUGCGGCAACGACCAGGCGACGAAUCUAUAAGGGUUGCCGUAUUGGGUCUCUCAAAUGGCUCCGAGUCGAGCGAAGUUGCAAAACAAGUGCUAAGGCUUCUGCUCGCCGAUCCUUUGAAAGCUGAAGAGGAAUGGGAGAAAGAAGUCGCGAAGCAUGAUUUGACACAACCCAUGAUCAUACGGGUUGGAGCGGAGCUACCCAAAGAGCUUGAAUCCAUAUCAGUUGCUUCCAAGGAAAGUUCGCUACACGAGGUUAACGUCUCAUCUGCAACGUUGAAUGGCCACAAUCUAGAAUUGUUGCUCAUGGAGACGAACCCUUUUUUGUCUGCACAAGAAAUCGGGGCUUUAAAAGGGUCUGAGGAGUCGGUGCUCGUCCCCACAGUCGACAUCCCCACAUCUGAUACGGGGAGACACACUCCUAUCACAACGCCGGUACAUAAAGCUUUGAUCGUGGCGGAGGGCCUUCUAGGUGCUGCAUCGGUAGUAUCGAUGUCUCCGCUAGAAAACCAAAGCGUAAUCACCGCUGCCGUGAACCUACCAGAGUAUAAAUUAUCGGCAGAUACUUCUCCCUUGCCGUUUACUCCUAUUGAUAUCGGAGUUGCGAGUAUCGGGCUGGGUCUUGUUCGCAAAGAUCUCAAGAAUGCCAUCGAGUUCGAACACUUAUGGUUUCAAAGUAACAUACCGAAAUUAGUUGACUGGUUAAAGACCGAUAUAAUGGCUUCAGAUGAGGGCACGACUAAACCACCUGUGAAAGACCUCAUCGACUCGUUGCUAAGGAAUACAUCUGCAGCUAUAGAAAACGAAGAAGCACGCCAAUUCGGCUCGUCAUUAUCUCCUACAACACCUACGUCACUCCAAAGUAGCCUUGACGAUUGGGCAGAAAGCGCACAUACCGAAUUGCAGGAACAACUUGACAUAGCAUUCUCCAGUAAACGAUGGCGUAAACUUGGAUGGUGGAAAUUAUUUUGGCGGGCAGAUGACGUGGGCAUGCUUACAAAUGAUAUUCUCAGUCAAAGGUUCCUUCUAGCGUCAGAGAGAAAUGCCAUAUUCCUCGCCGGGAGGAUGAAAGAAUCUGGAAUCGCCUUAGGUCCCUUUCCAAAUCCCUACACUACUGACGAAAAUGGCGCCGAGUCGAAACAAUUAGAGACCCAGGCGCCUACUCCCGCGACGGCCCCUUGGCCAGUUAGCAUUCCUACAACAAGGCGAUAUCUUCAAACGAAAACGAUACCUGCUUUACAGGCGCUUUCGCAAAAGCUCAUAGUGCAGACGCUAGGUACAUCGGGACUUACUACGGCGCUAGGCGCGCUUAUUUAUCUGAGCACGUUGACUGCGACGCUAUACGAAGCCGGUGCGGUUGCCGCCCUAGGUAUCGUGUGGAGCAUGAGACGCAUGCAAAAGCAAUGGGAGACUGCGCGGACGUUCUGGGAAGGUGAGGUGAGAGAAGAAGGCCGCAAAGCCGUCCGAGAUGUCGAAGGCGUGGUCGGCGACGCUCUUAAACAGGGCCGUGCCCCUAAAGACGAAGCUGAGGGCCAAGAUAGUUUAACUAGAGCUAAAGGACUGGUGAAGCGUGCUCAGGAGAUCUUGAGCAAGCUGAAGUGAGAUAGGUUAUCCACUGUAUGAAUAAUGAUUGUACAUUGAUCAUGAUACCAAUAGACGCAACACCACACACCGCACUGUGCUUCCGAUUUGAUUUACGGGAUCAAGCGCCUAUGAAUCUGUUGGACUG